AUGGGUUCCGUUCUAGAAAGCACCGAUGUCAAGAACAAGCUCGAGGACCUCUCAGGCGUCGUCAUCAAACCCGGGGAGAAUCCUUACAAUGCCCUGAUCGACGCGUGCCAUAGCAAUCCAGCUGAGAUUCAGGCUCUUUACUCGGCUCACCGUGUGCGGCGCAAUGCUCAGCAAAAAGAGAAGUUCCUGGCUGCCGAUUACAAGGAGCUCAUUAUCGACCAGCACCUCCUGCGCCUCGAGGACCAGUCCAUCGAGCCGGGCUAUGUCGACCCUCGGCACUGCAUGGUUUUCUGGGGUCGACCGCCAUGGCACAUCAUCGAGCUGGCCGCCGAGGUCCAGCGUAGGCUCAAGGUCGCGGCGCCAAGCCUCUGGCUCAUGCCCAUGCCUCGGAUGCACAUCACAGCACUGGAGCUCGCCCACUCGCGCACGGCCGAGGAGAUCGCCGCGAUCCGGACCACCCUGGAGCCCGCGAUACCGGCCAUCGCCAACCACACGCUGCACCACCGCGCGCGCCUCGUGAAGCCCAUGGUGUCAUACGACCUGUCCGCCCUGGCCCUGUCCUUCCUCCCCGCGGCGGGUGAAGUCUCGCCCACGUCCGCACCGGCGACGUCGGCCAGCGUGUCUGACACCACCACCACCACCACCACCACCAUGAAGCAGCACGACGACAAUUACACCUACCACCACCUCCGGCGCGAUCUAUGGAACACCUCCAAGGACGCCGGGCUGCAGAUCGACUCCCGGUACGUCGUGCCCAGCGCGCACAUCACGCUGGGGCGGUACCUGACGGACGCGGACCACGACACCCCGGAGAAGCGCGCGUCGUGGGUCGCUGCCAUCGACGAGGUCAACGCCUGGCUCGAGGCCGAGGUCUGGGACAAGGAGGAUGUCGCGGCGGCGCAGUGGCUCGUCGGUCAGGAGAGGGGGCUGGAUGUCAGGGUGGGGACCCUGUGGUAUGGCGGUGGGAGGACUGUCAUGACUGGCGAGGGAUUCUAA